UAAUCUUGGAAGAAAUCGGAUGGCCACAAAAUCGGCUGACAAAAGGAAAAAAAAACAGCAGAGGCAACUCGAAUAUCUUCCCCGUCCCUUGCGUAAAAAGGAAAAUCUCCCGUCCCGUCUCGCAGGCUCCUCGCGGCUGAACAGUGGAGGGGCGCUGAUCUCCAUCUGGCGAGCGGAGCAGGGGAGGAGAGGGGAUCCUGGAGAAAAUGGUGAUGAUGAAUUUUUAAUGCUCGCCAGUUGCACAACCAAAAGAAAUUCUCAAAUGGACGUGGCUCCUGUUGAACAGGAUCAGGGUCUAAUGAAAAUCAACAGCAGUGACUGCUCUGGCGAUGGUGCAAGCUGUGAGAAUGAAACUAAUUACACUGAUCAUGGCAAACAGUCAAAUGAGCUUGGUCAUGCAAGAAUAUCGGUUACUGGUGGGGGUUAUUUUCAUCAGCUGCUUGCUGAGCAUACCAUUAUCUCUGAAGCAUUUCUUUCUGCAGCAACCUAUUCAUGGUUUGAGAAAGAGAAAGAUUUGCUUUCCUCCCAGCUUAGUUCUUUGAAAAGAAUUUGGUCACAACCUCAGUGGCAAGCUUGCCUAAAGCACUUAUGCUGUCAUGGUGAAUUUAGGAGUGCUGUGCUGAAAAUUAUAAAAAUAUUUGAGGAAGAGCUUUCAAAGUGCAGAGAAGAGACCAAUAUGUUACAUCAACCAGACCAAAUAAGCCAUUCAACUUUAAUGUCCCUUGUUUCAUUGAUCAUUCCUCCACUACUUAAGUUGAUUCGAUUUGUACAUGCACUAUGGAUGGAUGGAGCUGUACUUAGAUUCCCAGAAGAACUUAUAGAAGCUAGAAAGAUGAAAAAUGUUGAUCAGAUCUUGAGAUUCCGAGGAGAAACACUGGAAUUUCUAGAUGUUUGGCCUGAAGAGUUGGAAGAGGGAUUAGCACAAUGGUUACAGCUAAUCCGAGAGAGUGGGUACAACUUAUUAGGUUUAUGUGCAACUAUCAAGGGCGCAUUCUCAGAGCUGUUAGACAAUUCAUCAAUCAACAAUGCUAUCAUGGAAAACAUAAGAUCAAUGGAAAUUCGGCAUCUAACCAAACUUAUCGAUCUUGUCAUUGUUCCAUUCAUCAAGCAUUGCCCUCAUAAUCUAUGGGUAGAAUGGAUGUUGAAGCUCUUACUACCCUUAUUUGACUACUGUGGAGACGUGCUUUACUACUCAUGGUUCAGUCUUCUACAUAAUGGUCAGGCUAAUGUUCCACUUUUCUUUGGUUAUAUUUGUGGAUCAGAAGAAACUGUAAGCAAAAUGGAAAAUUACCUACUUCUUGACCUGACUCGUAAAGUAUCCAAGUUGCUUGGGGCCUUAGCUUCGCAAGAACUGAAUCAAGGUGUUUACCGUGCGGGUCUUGUCCUUGACAUGAAUAGUGCUUCUCACGAUUUCAAGUGCACACCCUCUACCUCUUUAGUUGGAUAUAUUUUACUCAAUGAUUGCUUUACAAGGUUAAGCAUGAAUCUCUUUGGAUGUUGGGUGGAUGGUGAAGCAGCAAUAGAUUCCAUUCCCUUUUGUCAUUCUUUGGUUCAAGUCGCGGUUGCUACAAACAAUGAAAAGCUCAAGCGAUUUAUUAAAGAUGAUAUGCUUCCUGCUAUAAUCCGACGCCUAUAUGAUGAUCUUCCAUGUGCAGUUCAAAAGACCAUCAGAAAGUUAUCUCCCUUGAUGAACUCAAUCAAUUGCAGGAAAGCCACCAAGGAUCUCUUGGUUCUAUGUCAGGAGAUCUAUAAAGUUUACAUACGAUGUCAGAAUUUGGAAGGUGAAGACCAGGAUACUGAUAACAUAGCAUACUGGUUUGAUGAUUGGUUAACAAAGCAGAAGAAAGAACUUUGUGUAAAGGCAUCCUAUGCUAUUCCUGAUGAAUUUCCAGCUACGCUGUGGAAUUGGGAGUUUGAAGAAGAAUUUCAAAGGUAUCUUCCUACAUAUCUUGAUGUGCUGCAUGAAGUUGAUACAAUGGAUUGUCAAGAGUGUUGUUGUUUGGAUAGCGCCAAGAUUUUUGAGAAUCUGAGCCUGGAAUUUCGAUCCAGGCAUGGUGUUAGGAGCCAUACAGAUCAUGUUGUUUGGAUGAUAUCAAAUUUGUUACAACGGAAGAUGCCUGGAGCAUAUUCAGAGCAACGUGCUGAUCGAAUUUCCAAAUGGACUUGUGAACUUAUUAAAUCGAAGCCUUACAUCAAGCUCUCUAAUGGUUGGAACAAUGCUAUGAAUCGAUUGAAGGAAAACUUUGUGAUAAAUGUAGAUACUAAACCGGAUGCAAUAGAUGCAGUUAAUAUCUUCUACAAUUCAAUAUUGCUUCUUUGGGAACCUCAGUUUCAUCCUUUAAUCAGGGAGGGUCAAAUGGAUGUUCUUGUAGAGAUAGCUCAUCAGUUAGCUUUUGCAGAAGAGAGAAAAAACUACGAGCCAUUGGAACCAGAUUCAUUAGAUUUCUUGGACCAUUUGCAACCUUAUGCAAAAUUAUACAUCUAUAGAAAGAAGACAGAAUCUGGGUAUUUUACAGCAAUAGAACAAGUCCAGUUGCAUAAAGAAUUUGACAGAUACUUGGCUUCAGGCGUUUUGGAUGGUGAUAUUUGUAAAUUUAGUUCUUUCCAGGAUGACUUUAUUGAGGAAUUCGCUGAUAAACACAUUGCGAAAAGUCAAUUUGUGCAGUUGGACAGAAAACUCAUUACAUUGUCUUUGGAGCAACGAGCUCAGAUUCUGGAGAAGCAACGCCAAAUAAACACUUAUGCUGAAUGCUUGAGAAAUAUCCUGACAGAUCUGAAGCUGAAAGAUGGUCUUCAAAGUUUGAUGAGUGAGCUAGAAGUGGAAGGUUUCUUCGACGUGAAUAACAAUUGCACAGAUUGGGAGAAAGGGUGCUUCUUACGACUUAUUGACAAUUUUGAAGAUUUAGUUUUCAGAGGACAUUGCUUUCCUAGAUACCUUGUCAUUCAAGGAAUUAUGGAUUAUUGGGAAAUGUCACAACGGAGCGACAGUACCUGGGAAGAUUCUUUUGAACAGGUUGUUGAAGUAUUAUGCGAUAAUUGGAGACAAGAUCUUACACAGAUUUGGAUGGAAACAAGAUACUAUGAAGGCUUAUAUUAUGAUGUACUUAGGAAACCUUUAAAAAAGAUCUUCAUGCGGAAGAUUGAAGCUUCAGAACUGUAGCUACAGCUUAUAUGAUAAGUACGACAUAUGCAUGCCAGCUAGCAUUUCUAGCAGUAAGGGCCGCCACUGUGCUAAACCUGAAACUGAGUUGUUUUCCUUAUUCUGGAUGUAACCCCAUUAUAAUAUAAUCCUUGGUCCUUGGAUUUAUAGUCUCGAUCAUAUUUCAGUUGUCAGAUAUAUGUUGCCUCGUUCUAAACUUCAACAUGAUUCAGAUUAUUCCA